ACAGCAGAGUGUGUGAGGAGGAAACAGGCUGUGGGAUGCUGACAGACUCUUCAUAGAUGCUUAAAAUGGCGAGAGCGUCUUGGAUCCCAGUGAGCUACUGAGCAGCAGAUUGGUUGAUUGGAAUAUGUCGUAGCUGAGACUGGAUGUUUGAUUUGCAUUUUAAUUUUGUUUUUGUUUUUUAAACCCGCUGCUUCACCACCAUUCAACGCUGUUUAUUUUCCACGAGUGCCGGAGUAUUUUCUGUGUUUAAAUGGCAUCCACACGGCGCCAAUGCCUUGUUUCGUGCUCUUUGGGGAUCCUUCUAAAUGCUUUAAUCGGUGUAGUUUUGGGAGCUGAACUCUCUUUCAAGCUAGAGCCCAGCGACAUCAUUGCUGUUCAGGAGCAGCCGCUUUUGCUCCACUGCCAGGUGGACGGCAUCCCACCCAUCACCACGCAGUGGAGGCGCAAUGGCCUGCUCCUAGCUCAGGACAGCCAUCACACCACCUUCAUCAACGGCUCACUUUUGAUCAUCCACUUCCAAAAGACCAAGCCCGACGGCUCGUCUGAUGAAGGCGACUAUGAGUGCAUGGCCCAGAACUCUUUUGGGCGAGUGGUGAGCCGUAAAGCCCGAAUUCAGGCAGCCACUAUGGCAGACUUCCAUGUGCAGCCAGAGUCGGUGCAUGCUGAAGAGUCCGGCGUGGCUCGAUUCCAGUGCCAGAUCCAUGGUCUGCCAGAGCCGGUUAUUAGCUGGGAAAAAGACAGACGCCCAGUGGACACUACAAAUGAGAGAUAUACACUGCUACCAACAGGUGUGCUGCAAAUCACAGGAGUGCGUGAAGAGGACAGCGGAAAGUUCUGCUGUGUGGCACACAACAGUGCUGGAGUAAAACACAGUGCAGAGGCUCUCCUAACUGUUUCAGGCUCUCAGUCGUCUGUUUACAAAGAGCCUAUGAUUCUGGUCGGCCCGGAGAAUCUUACCCUCACUGUUCACCAGACCGCCAUCCUGGAGUGUGUUGCCACGGGAUAUCCUCGCCCCAUUGUGUCUUGGAGCAGAUUAGAUGGCCGACCCAUCGGAGUGGAGGGAAUUCAGGUGCUUGGAACAGGAAACCUGAUGAUCUCAGAUGUUGGUGUGCAGCACUCUGGCGUUUAUGUUUGUGCUGCUAACAAACCAGGGACGCGCGUUCGCAGGACAGCUCAAGGACGACUAGUAGUCCAAGCUCCAGCAGAGUUUGUUCAGCCUCCGCAGUCCAUCGCUCGACCAGUUGGCACCACGGCGAUCUUCACCUGCCAGGUGCAGGGCGAGCCUGAGCCUCAGCUCACCUGGCUGAAGAACGGGCAGGUUCUGGAGCCAGGGGGGCAUGUUAAACUCAGGAACAACAACAGCACCCUGACCAUCUACAGCAUCAGCCAGGAGGAUGAGGCCAUCUACCAGUGCAUUGCCGAGAACAGCGCUGGCUCCACUCAGGCCAGUGCUCGGCUCACCGUGCUGUGGGCGGAUGGACUGCCUGGUGAGCCCACCCAGGUGCAGGCCGAGGCCCUCUCCCCCACCACCAUUCAGGUGUCCUGGAAGGAGCCCGACCAGAACACUCAGGACAUCAUCGGAUAUGUGCUCCACAUUCGCAAGACAUCAGACCCGCUGGAAAUGGAAUAUGAGGAGGCGGUCAGUAAGGUGACACUGCAGCAGGUCAUCCGUGACCUGGAGCCCUCCACCAGCUACUCUUUCUACGUUAAGGCUUACACAUCCCACGGAGCCAGCAAACCCUCAGAGAGUGUUGCAGAGAGCACUCACGGCGAGGUUCCUGCUCCUCCUUCCCUUUUCACCAAAGUGUUGAACAGCAGCGUUGUACAAGUAACGUGGGAAUCUUCCUCCAAGAUGGGCCAACAUCAAGGCUUCAGACUCUACUACAGGAGAGCACACACACCGCUGUUCAUUGGUCCCAUCCACUUUCUUCACAACAUCACUCAGUACAACAUCACUCAACUCGAUUCUUCUAUGGUUUAUGAGAUAAAGCUUCUUGCCUACAACCAGCACGGAGAUGGGAAUGCCACCACUAGAUUCAUCUCACUUCGCGAGGCACUGGAAAAAUCUGUGCUGGACGGCUCAUGUGACUGUGUGAAAGACGAAGAGAGCAAAACCUCCACCACCGGCAUCAUAAUUGGAAUCCACAUCGGUGUGACUUGCAUCGUCUUCUGCGUGCUCUUCCUCGUGUUCAGCUACCGCGGCAGGCUAAUGAUGUGUAAGACAGUUCAGGCCACCCCCCAGGCAGGGCACAGCGCAGUCCUGGAAUCCUCUUCCUCUUCUCAGGGGGCCUCUGGGCUCAACGGGGCUGCCAGGAGAGAGAUGGAGGUCAAUGGCAGCACUGCAGGGAAGAAAGUGGUCGACAGCAACGAGCUUGAGAGACUCUUCACUCAGCCCAACACACAGGAUGCCUGCAUGUCAAACUCCUACAUCCUGAACAACACCCAGCUGUCGACGAUACCUCUGGAUGAGUUUGUAGAGGAGAGAGAGACGCCGUUUCAGGAGCAUUGUUCAGUCGCUGCGGCUCAGCCGGACCAAGGCUAAUCAUGUAUGAAGGCCCAUUCACAUUCGACACUUUUAGUGUCCACUUAGACUUUUCUCUCACUCAGGUCGACAAGUGUUUCUUUUCAAAGUAUUCUUUCCUUUUGUGCAAAGAAAUUUUUUAUGAGUAAGUUAAGAGGUUCUGGAGGAUCUGGGACGGUUUAUUGGAGUGUUUUAUUCAUUUUAUGGUGUUUGGCAGCACAGAAAAUAGAGACCCCUGAAUGUCCUUGUUGAAAAUGUAUUUUUAUGUUUAUAUACGAACUGUCACUGGGAAAUUUGAAAUAGUCACAAAAUUGCAUCAGUCAAUUUGUGUGCACAGGUGUAAUUCAUGGUAUUAUUUUUGCAUUAAAAUAUUCUUAAAAAUAACCUGCAAAAUCAGAGUCAUAAUAUUUUUUAAAACAGUCAAAAAAGGAGUGAAUGUUGUAAGGUCUGCUGGAUGGUGCUAUAUGAAAACGAUUAGUUAGAUGACCCCCAAAUAUAUAAAAUGCUUUGUUCUACUGUAUACAAGUGAGGUUUCCUGGAUUUUGUGACUAUUUCACAUUUUUCUGAGACCAGACUUUGAGAUGCACAUGCAUACCCACAUUCUGACCUUCUCAUCCAUUUGUUGAAGCAUUUAUAAGUUGUUGGUCUUAUCUAUGUGUAUCUGUGGAUGUCAAAGACUCGCUGCCUGCUCUUAACCACCAAUGAUUCCACCUUCGUACUCAGAAAACCUCAGCCUUCUUCCAGGGAUUCGAUAUCUUCUGCCUCAGGACUUUGUUUCAGUAAUAUCAAAAUUUUUUAUGAGUUUUUGGCCUUCAUGCAGGUUCUAGACUUGGCUGUGUGAACCUUACAAGUGGAUAUAAGCCUACCUCAACCGGAAUGAAUGUGUCGCGGGAAGCUGUAAUGACUUUCCCUUCCCCGUGUGCUCAUGAUCACUCGACAAAUUUGGAGGAGCCAGUUGGUUGCAUAACUACAACAUCAGGUGCUGCUCUACCUCAGAAGUCAACAAUCGUCUCUCCUCUCCUUAAUGACGUAAAAGCGGACAAAAGAGCAUCCAACAUGAAGCACUUCCAAAUGCUGAAAUUAUUGUUCUACCUCAAGAUAACAAAGUUAAUGUUGUCACUGUUGUUGUUGUAGUUUGUUUUAUUUUUUUAUUGCAUAAUGAAGACCCUUCUUUUUCUCCCUUUGUGAAGUUCUCCCCCCUCCCGUGUUGCUGAAUAUGAUGUUUGUAGAGUGUCAGUACCUCAUGCAAGAUGACAGACGGAUAACAUUGUAUACAAUGAGUUGAAAAAUAUGUAAGAACUAAGUUGGGAGCUAUCUUCCUUUUUAUUUAAAGGUCACAUUUGUCAAUAGUGAUAGGUUGAGUGUAAGAAAAAGUUAAUUAGAGAUACACUGCAUUGCUGUUUACAUCAUCACGAGUAUUGAAGUUGAAAAGAUCUGAUAUUUAUUGUCAAACUAAACAGGAAGCAGUAUAUUACCAAUGCAACUACAGGUGGUGCAGUGAUUAUUGUCUCUUUUUGGGACAAUGAAGGCUGUUUCUAUUCUUCUAUUGUAUUAAUAGUUUUGUUUUUAAUCAAUUUAAUCCCAUCAGACAGAUAAUGGAGAUUUAAUAACUAAGAAAUAAAGAAAAAAAUAAAUUAUUUUUCUAAAAUUACUGGUGUUAACACUUUAAUGACUACAUUUUAGUAAGUUUUCGCUAGAGAUGAGAAGAUCAAUGCUACUCUUUUUAUCUAUUUUUCCAUCCGUUUAUGUCCAGCUGGGAAUCAGAGAAGUUGAGUCAGCAUUAUCGGGCAAAAACGUUUAACAACAAAUAUGUAACUAGUUACUGUUGAUCUCUCUGCUGUUGGGUAGUAAAAGAAGCAGCAGCAUCUCAGAACACUGAGAUUAGCUUAUUUACACUGCCUUGCAAGGAUAUUCAAACCUUUUAACUUUUUUUUGUUUCUUUACAAACAUCGAUCAAAGUUAUUGAGAUUUUAUGGCGUGCCAUGGUGGCGUAAUGACCACGGCACGAGUCCUCGACGCGGCCAUCGCGGGUUCGACUCCCGGACCCGACGAUAUUUGCCGCAUGUCUUCCCCCCUCUCAUUCCCCCUUCCUGUCAGCCUACUGUCAUAUAUGGGACACUGGAGUCCACAAAAGACCCCCUGGAGGGGUAAAAAACAAAGUUAUUGUGAUUUUAUGUGAAUCAACUAGACAAAAUUGUGUGUAUUUGGGGUGGGGGGGUGGAAAAAUAAUACAAUCUGAAAGGAAUGGUGUGCAUAAAUAUUCAGUUCUCUGGGCUCAAUGGAUUGAGACCAGAUCUGAUCAUCAGUUUUCAAAUCUUUCUACAAAUCUUGAGUUAUGAUUAGACUUUGACCGGACUAUUCUAAAACGUUAUCAUUUCCUGAUUUAGACAUUUCUAUUGGGACUCUGACUGAAUGUUCAAGCGUGUUAGCCUUAUUUGUGUCAACUCUGACUAGUUCCUGCUAACAAAGGCAAAGCAAACUGCUAGAAGCACAUUGUAUAGCUUUCUUUCUGCAAAACUUUGUUUUGUUUUAGCUCACAAAAUCCCAAAGAUAACCACACAAAUCUAUGGUAGUGAAGUGAUCAAAUUUGAAAAGGUUUAAGGGUGUUGUAUCUAGUUUUAGGUAUUUUAACUUAAAGGCAGAAAAAAAUGGAGGAGGUUGUCAUAUGUCAACAUGAUCUAUCCACCACCGUCACUAAUCUUGUUUUUUUGUGUAGAUAAAUAGCAUAUAAAGAGUGGUAUUGAUCCCUCAUCAAAGCCAGAACCUAAAUGUGGAUUUUUAGCAGCUAUUGUCAACAACACACAUGGGAUUUUGAUAUUUGUUUUAAAAAAAGACCAAAUAUGAGCUUCCAAAAAAAUAAAUAAAUAAAAGUAAUCGUAUUUUUCACAAUUCAGAUUGACAGCAGUGUAUCUCUAACAAUUUUAUAAAUAUUUGUUGCUGGAUUUCUUGGUUGUCUUGUUUUUUUUUUUUUUAUCUUUUGCAUUAUAUCACCUGGCAAUUUCUUAAAAAAAAAAGAAAAAAAACUUAAAACUCGGUAGCCUUUUACACAUCUGGUGCCCAGUAGAUGAAAAAUAUUCCAUGUCUUGCUCAUCUACUGUAACUCUGCCCAAAACCACCACAGCUGCUCACCCGUCUCCCUCCAGACACUUCAGGAUCACCUGCCUUUUCAGACUCUGAUGACUUCAGACAGAGAGCUGGCUGAAUGAAACAUUCAUAUAGAGACUGUUGUGUAGUUAAACAAUCACAGGGCCUCUCUAUGCAGCUUAAUGCUCUCUGUCAUCACAGAUGCAUUUUGGUUACCUACCUCAACCCUGUUAUUGGCCUUUUUCUCAGGUCCUGAUAAAAGAAACAGUACGAACAGUAAAGUAGUGAAUUUUAAUACGUAGACAAACACAAAAACAAUACACAACCCGCACAAAUGGAGGGAGAACUUUUCAGGACCGUAUUGUCAAGCACUAACUAUGUCAACACUUCAUACUUCAUUUCUAGUUCUAGAUGUGAAUGUGCUUCACUUUUUUCUUCGUUACUUAUUUUCUCUCACUUGUGGUGUGCUUGUGCCAAGAAAACGGAGAGAAAAAAAAAUGGGUGACACUUAUAACUCACACAAUUCCACACGAUUGGUUUAUUGAUUUUCCUCUCUGGCUAAGACUGACUUAUGACCUUAACUUGACUAAAUUCAGAUUAUUUGUAAGAGUGGAAAAAUAAAGAAAGAAAAACUUUCCUCAUAACUCGGAAUGCAAAACAGUGCAACAAAAUUUCUCUUUUAACACAAUUUUCCAAAAAUGUGGAAAGUAGAGUUGUACGAUUCCCCCUCUGCAGUCAUUUUCACGUGUUAUACAAACCAGCAUUUCUGUACUGUAUAUGUGGUUACCUUCUCAGUAAUCAUUAUAGAUUGUCUCUAGCUGUUUGCCUUUUAAGUUAUGUACACUUAAUUCUCUGCGGAUGUUCUUCUUGCAUAUAUUUCUUGUACCUAAUUGUUAAUAUCACAUUGGACGUGCUAGGAGGGGGAAAUGCAGUAAACUGUUAAAAUAGUCCAUCAAAUGUUGAAGCUAAAUGUCUGCUCUGUGUAUAUUUAUUAGCCACCAAUGUGAUAUUUUCCCUCCAGGGCUGCUUGCAGCGAGAAUCAGUGUUUUAUUUAACCUCUGUUGGGAGUAGUUUCACUAGGGAUAUGAGUAGUGUGAUUCUCUGCUGUACUUCGUUUCCCUGCCCCUCAUUGUAAAUGAAGGUUAAUCUCUUCCUGCAGGAAAUUGCCCGCCCUUGUGGAUGUGACAGGUCUGAGUGCCAUACUGUUUAACCUGAUCCACCAGGUCUUUGGCUCAACGGCGAUCAUGUUUGCGUGAUUAGACUUUGAUAGGUCAGGCUGUCAUGUUGCAGAAUAACAUUAGAACUCGUCUGAUUUAAUGGGUGGCUCAGCGUUGUCAUCACAGACUGACUGGUGCUGUUACUCCACCAGCGCAGAAGACCCUAUGACUCUUCCUGACACCUUAAGUAAAAAGUGGAGAUUAAUCUUGUUUAAGCUGUUUUACAGACUGUUCACAUUUUUCUCCCUCUUUGUUUAACAAACCUUGAAUUUUGGUGAGAGAUUGCAUGCUCAGGAAUCAUUGAUCCUUGCUCUUAUAACUCCAACUUGAUUUCUUCCACAAUUCUGCAGUAUGUUCAGGUCAAAAAUGAUUUUCUGUGAAGUAUGGUUAUUUUUGUUGGAUAUUCAAGUAAAGAAGAAACAUUUUGGGAGAAUAAUGAGUCAGUUCAUAUAUUUUUUUUAUUCAUCUUCCUCUGCAGGACGUCUAAGGAGGGAUAUGCCCUCACAUCAGGUUAUACAGCAGUUUUUGGAAAAUAAUGUGAUAAGCAGUAACAUUCACAAUGACAAUUUAGAUUUUUUUUUUUAAAGUAAUCUAAAAUGUAGCUUUCUGGUGUCUUUUGGGUCUUAGACAAAAUAUAUUCAGGUUUAAAUUCAAGUGAGGAAAAAAUUAAGUUGCUUUAGAAAAUUGUUAAAAGCUUAAUUAUUUUUUUACAUAGCAACUACUAGAAAGUUAGAUGUAUAAUCUUUAAAUCAUUAUAAAUAGACCGCUGUGGGCUGGGUAUUCACAGGGUUUGUUUCACUUGGAGUAAGCUGAUGAAAUGUGGCUCUAACUCAUUUUCCUUGAGCAUUUAUCUCUCUCCUAGUAUGCAUCAUCUGAAAACGAAAACAGAUCAAGUCAGAAGGAAAGACGAAAGGCUUCGUUUAGCUAAUUUGGUAAUGUUCGUCUGUAAGCAAUCCUGUUCUCAGUGGCAUAGAUGUGUGUGAAAUCAGAUAUAUAAAAAAGAAAUUUUGUAAAUCUAAAUGCUCACACACAAUUCAAUCACCCCCUGUCCUUGAAAGAUCCUUCACUUUAAUCAAACUGCUGCCAAAUGACCUUGAUAUGAUUGUGAGCUGCUAACAAAUCCAAUGAAUUUACCUGCUUGGAGACUUUUUACCCAAAAGACCACACAUUGCUUAAAACCUAUCUUGGGUUUCAAGACUUUCUGAAGUAAUUUGUUGUCAGAUGGUAAUUUACAGUCAUUGUUCUUCAAUGUUUGAGAUCAGUAUUAUAUUUUUUUAUACUUCCUUCACAAAGGCAGAUAGAUCCAGUGUAUUUAGAGGUAGUGGGCAAAGUAAACUCUACAGUAGAUCUGCAUGGAAAAUAUAGAAUUAAAAAAAAAAAAAAAAAGAAGGCAAAUGUGUUAUUUUAGCUCAAUUAAAAAAAAGUGUUAGUUAAUUCUUAUUGGAUUUGUGAUGGUAACACUGUGAUAUUCAGCCAAAUAAUGGCAAAAGUAAUGUUGUGAUCUCAGUAUGGUACUAAUUGAUGGUCCUGUCUCACAUCGUCAGUCAAUCUGUUUUAAUGGUGUGUAUUGAUGAAAAAAGGCCGAGUGACCUUUUCAUUUGACAAAGUCUGUCUUGCCCCUCGUUGGCGCCUGAUGAUCACCUUAUCCUCAUCCUGUUCCCAUCUGGCAUCCUGUUCACAUGAUUGUCUCGGGGUGAGGUCCUGUCAGUCUCGUUACCUUUUUCUUUUUUUUUUAAAUAACACAUUGUGUUCAUUUUCCCCUCACACACGCACGUGCGCACACACACACACACCAUCUUUGCUUGAGGAGAAUGUCUGGGUUGUAUUGAUGUUACCAACAUGAGCUAAAGCCGCUCUCCACGCCUCAGAAACAGGGAAAGAGCUCCUGGGUAGAAUUUGCUCUACAAGUGUGACCAUCUACACAACACCUGUCCUUUAAAUUUAAAAUCAAAGGUUUAAGUCAAUAACAGCCUCCUGGUGAAAAACAGUGAAUACUGAGGCCUCUAUGAAAUAGUAAAAUAACAAUGCUACUCUUGCUAACCCAACAUGGAAAGAGAGAAUUCAAAAAUGCCUUAAAGGGAAAAAAUUAUGUCAAUAAGUUGUCAGCAUAACUCGUAGGAGUAGGGAAAUUUGAUCUGCUGUAACCCAUUGCUCUUAGGGUACUCACUAAGAGUUGCAUAUACAAAAUUCAGCAAAUUAUUAGGUUAACAUAAUCAUUAAAGUUGCAAACUUAACUUAAAAUUUGUAAGAUUGAAACUUGUUACAUGCUUGUGUCUACCUCCAGUAGUAAGAAGUCAUUAGAGAAAAUGGAUUAUUACCUAUCAGAUUAGGUAAUAAUAUUUAUGUCCUGUAUAGCACUUCUGGAUAGAUGCAAACUACAUUUCGUUGCUUGUUCUUGUGACAGUGCAAUGACAAUAAAGUUGAAUUCUAUUCUAUUCUAUUCUAUUUUUUGGUAAUCUUCAACUUGGUACAGGGAUUAAUGGUGGCUGCAAGUAAAAACAUUCAUUUCAUCUAUGCAGUUUAUUUUUUUACUACGUCCUGCAGGGUUCAAACAUGGUGCCAAACUGAACACAGAAAAUACACACUGUGCAUUUCAAACUUUUUCAUGUUAUCUCUCUGAUCAACUUCACUUAAGGAAUGUGAAAGACACAAAUCUUUAUGUUUAACUCAUCUUCAUACAUACAAAUGUCUGUGUGGCAGAUUUUAUUUUUUUGUUGGUCUGUCUUGUUGUGUGUCUGUCUGCUGAGGUCACUGCCAGUAUCUGCUUUUUACCCACAGUUCGAUUCAGGUCAGCACGAGAUGUUUUAACCAGUGUUCUCAGAGCAUUGUCAGGGAUCUCCACUGUAUGUUUCCAUAAGGUUUUGUUUUUACACUCUCCUUAAACCAGAGUGUCACACCUCUAAAUUAUAAAUCUCUAUACAUAUCCACAUAUACUGUAUGUACUGUAUGUGUGUAUGUAUAAAUGUAAAAACAAACAAACAAAAAAACAUUUUUAGUGGUUUGUAUUGUUUUAGGGUUCAUUGUGCAACACUGAUUUAAGGAAGAAAAAAAAAACAAUAUCAGUGAUAAUAAACUAGCUCUAGUAAUAAUAAGCCUUGUGUUGUUCUUCUACUGUCUGUACACCUGUGUGCCUUGUGGAAAGUGUAGUAAUUUGCAUGAAAAACUUGUGUUUGAUUGCUUUCUUCUAGUGGUCCACAGAGAUGCAGCUGAUCAAUGCAAUGCACUUUAAUGGUCUCUCUCUUCUUUCCACCUUUCUGUUCUGCUGUUCGCCACAUUAACUCAUGGCCUCCUGGCUAGACAAAGACUAUCGAGCACAAGCCCCAGAGCUCCUGGUCGAUCAGGUUUGGUGCCAGACUUACAAUCACGCUAAAUCUCAAUGCAUGACUGCACUUUGAGACAAACCUAGAGUCCAGCUGCUUCUGGAUCUGCCUCUCCUGUGUAAUGCACCAAAAGAAGUUUACCUUUAGUUUGAGUUUCUGACUUGUUCUGACCAUCAAUAUUGGAUAUUUUACCAGUAUGGAGUGCAGAAAGACCACCGUAGAACAUUAAUUCAUAAUCAGUUUUCAGACUGAAUGUUUUCAUUCCAGCCGUAUUUACAGUGAUACAAAACUGAGUACAAAUAAAGCAAAACAAUGCAGUGGAAGGCAUCCUAAAGAAUAUCUAAUAGCUAAACAUGGACAAUGUCCUCUAACUGCCCUCUGAGAUUUUUAAAACCCAGAAACCAUCUUCCUUUAUGUGGAUUUUUUUUUUUAUUACAGUUUUUAAACUCGAUGUGGAGAUAAGGAGAAAGGAAUGUAUUUUGUGGAGGACUGCUAUUGUGGAGCAGCAGUGAAACUUCUUCAUCAUAGGUAUCAGUACAGUAGCAACCAUACAUUGUUCCCUGCUCCUCCUCAUAUGGACACCAACAAACACCCAGACGCACAAAUUGUGAGACCAAAGCUGUGAAACCUUAUCUCUAACUGGACCAGCUCGGCUGGGCCCCAGUUCCCUCUGACCCCACAGCAUUUAAAGCGAGACCACAAUGUCCCAGGAGAGUCCACAGGACAAUAAGGUGGGGUGCAGAUGUCUUCUGGUUCCUCACACCAAUCACUUUUAAGCGUCUCCAAGGGAGCAGCCGAGAGAGAGAGGGUUCAGAGGUCAGAGCGACCAAAGCCUGUCAAAUUUGCCUUCCUCUGAUGUUCCCAGUUUUUUUUUCUGGUUCUCCCUCCUCUUUUUUUUUUUUUUACUACUUCCAUAUUUUCUCUGCCUAAAC